AUGACUGCGACAGCCUCAACUAGCCAAAGCCAUGCCUUCGGAGGCUCCAAGGCCGCCAACACAGUCCCAGACUUUGACGACAUUCCCGCGGUAGCUGGCAUGCCUCAUGGAUGCGCAUGGAAAGUGUGGGGCGAAGAUGACCAGCUUGGCACGCUCAAUCUGCUUACGCCCGAGGUCGUAGCGAGUGCGGCACAGGAAAACAUCCGCACUGGUGAUCGAGUCCAGAUUGACUGGGGUCUCGAUAGCGUCGAUGUUCCCGCCAACAAACGCAAGCACUUUCACCACGAGCUCCUCGACCUCAAGAAGAAGCUCGGCGUCUAUGCGACGGACGACGAGCUGCAUCUCAACACCCAGACCUCGUCGCAAUGGGACGGCUUCAAUCAUUUUGCCCAUCAGGCUACGGGCACCUACUACAACGGCCUCAAGCACGACGAUCUCCACUCUGGCGCCGUCGAUAAGGGUGCCAAGAACAGCAUGCACGCCUGGUGCUUGAGCGGCGGUAUCGCCGGCCGAGGCGUUCUCGUGGAUUGGGUGCACUGGUGGGAGUCCACAAAGACCGAGCCGAUCCCGGCCGCAAACUCCUCCUACCCGAUUCCCCUUUCGCAGAUCAAGGAGGUGCUGGAAUGGCAAAAGACGGAAUUACGCGCGGGCGACAUCCUCCUCCUCAGGACGGGCGUGGUGAGGUGGUUCGAGCAGGCCUCGGACGAGGACAAGGUCAAGGGCAUGAUUGAAAACGACAACUUCCCCGGCAUCGAAGCGACCGAAGAGGUCAAGCGAUGGCUGUGGAACAGCCACUUUGCCGCAGUGGCAAGCGACAACCCUUCGUUCGAAUUUGGCCCUCACGGUGACUUGUGGCUUCACGAGUGGCUGCUGCCAAUGUGGGGAUGCCCCAUCGGCGAACUAUUCGACCUCGAACGCCUUUCGGCUGCGUGUCAGAAGCAUCAGCGUUGGACCUUCUUCCUGACCUCGGCCCCGUACCGAGUCAAGGGCGGCAUCGCAUCGUCUCCCAACAGCAUCUGCAUCUUCUAG